UACAUUAGAAAACGAAAGAAAUCGCUGCUACAUGUAUAAAAGAGAAUCGUUUUUCAAAACGAAAUAGUUUCUGACCAAACUCUACACACUGAGCAUGUUUUGUAAAAUUUUGACUGCGCUGGUUCUCAUCACUGCGUCACUGGGGUGGCGAGUUUGUCACAGCCAUCGCCACUGUACCAUCCAUAACGACUCACUGCGCCGUUAUGUCCUAUACAACUGCUCGAAUAGUAAGCUGUACGGGGUCCCACAUGGAAUUCCAGCCAAUGUCACGGAGAUAGAUUUAUCCUACAAUCGCAUCACCAGGAUAAGGUCGGGUAAUUUCGCUCAUCUUCGUAAUCUAAGUCGCCUAAACCUGUCGGACAAUCGCAUAGGUUCACUGGAGUUGGGUGCAUUUGUAGACGUCCCUAAUUUACGCGUGUUGAAUCUACGCUCUAACUACUUACACAUGGAUUACGAGUCAUUUCCCCGAGGGGCUUUUAAAAAUCUGCCCCAAUUACAAUGGUUAGACGUAAAAAACAACACCAACCGUUACCCAAAACCUAACGAAAACUACCCUGACGAAGCCUUCAAAGACCUGACGGGUAUAAAAGAACUAUAUCUUGACGGACUAAAUAUGGAGAAUUCUGUUCUUGGCCCAGGAUUUGCUUCUCUAAAAACGUUGCGUUUAUUGGAUUUUUCUGGAGAUGACGGACGCUGCAGCCUAAAGAAGUUAAACAAAAAUGUUUUUUACAAUUUACGCAAUUCACAAGUGGAACAUCUCGACCUAGCGUUUUGUGAACUGUAUAAGAUCGAUAACUUUACUUUCAGCUUUCUACCAACGAUCAAGACUCUUGAUCUUUCAGGUAACAAAUAUCUUGGAUUAAAAAGACUUGGAGGUGUCUUUUAUGGACUACAAAAUUCAUCUUUAGAGCGGCUAAUAUUGAAUGCAACAACGUCUCCAGAAGAUAGAACUUACAUGUUGUACAGUAGUCGUGUUUUUCAUUAUCUCCAGAACAUUACAACAUUAAAACAUUUAACUCUCGACACUAAUUUCAUAUCAGAUCUUGAACCAAACACGCACGUGUACGUGGAACAUUUAGAAACCCUCUCGCUUGCCGACAACACAUUUCUUAACGCACUCAAGCCAGCGUAUGACUUAAGCCAUUUGCAACACCUGAAGUACCUCAACUGGAGCUGGACAUCUAGAUCUAAACCUGAGGUACAGUUUAAACAGCAAUUAAGACGUGGAGAGUACACAUUUAAUUGUGUUGCGCCCCCGAAUUUAGAGGUCUUUGACAUCAAUAACAACAAAUUACAAUAUCCGCUCAACCACAUCAUUGCUCAUAAUGCAACGUCUCUUAAGUUUCUAAACAUAUCAAACAAUAAUUUCUAUGAAUGGAAUGGACCAUGGGAAGUAGUAGGUAGCUCGUUUCAAGAGAUGCGUACUCUCGACCUCUCAGGUAACCGCUGCUCAAAAAUCAGCGAGACGUUCUUAUAUAAUUUUUCUACAACACAAUUUUUACAUCUGCAGAAUAAUAAACUAGGACAUUCUGACACUAUAACAAAUGGUUCAUACCCAAGUCCUUUUCCGUGGCUCGUCAAUUUGACGUACGUGGAUUUAUCUUCCAACGAUGUGGAAAAGGUAUCCCCAAUUUUGUUCAACAAUAAUACCAAACUAAAGACAGUGGUACUGAGAAACAAUUAUCUUACUUCGGAAGGACUAACUUUAGACCUGAAAAACGUAUCUUUCUUGGAUCUCGCACACAAUAAUCUGGACUCUUUGAAUGAAAAAAUGAGAUCAGUAUUAGACGACGUGCAAUCCCGAGAAAGGUUGGUGGAUGUGGUCGUAAAUUUGGCGGGAAAUCCGUUGCAGUGCAUUUGUGAGACUGAACAAUUUUUCGUCUGGAUGCAAACAACAAAAGUGCAUUUUGUCGAUCAAGAUGACUAUCAAUGCACCCUAAAGAAUGGAAGCAUCGUUAGUAUAAAACAACUUGAUGCAAUCGUUGGACAUUUGAAAGUCACGUGCGCUUCUCGAUUUACUUUGACACUCGUGUCAGUUAUUGUUUCACUGGUAAUCGUUGUCAUUGUCGCCUUUGCAGUUUAUUACAGAUUCAGGUGGGAAAUUAAGUAUUUCUUUUACAAAUUACGAAUCAGACGCAAGGAAUACGAAAAAGUUCACGGAGAUGAUAGGCAUCAGUAUGACGCCUUUGUGGCCUUCAGCAAGGAAGACUACAAGUGGGUGUACAGACAACUGCAACCCAAUCUAGAAGACGCAGAAGCCGAGGAAGACCGACUCCGUUUAUGUCUUCAUCAUCGUGACUUCCUACCUGGUGAAGACAUCGAGGAAAAUAUUAUCCAAUCCAUCUCACAAAGCAGAAAAACAGUUUUAGUUAUAACCAGGAAUUUCGUGCGUAGCAACUGGUGUUACUUUGAAAUGAAAAUGGCGCGCAUGCGUUUGUUUGAUGAGGGAAAAGACGUUCUUGUUCUAGUUUUGUUAGAGGACAUCCCAUUUCGUGAAAUGAAUGAGACUUUGUUUCAUUUAUUCAAAUCAAAAAGUUAUUUAGAAUGGUCUGACAACCAAAGAGAUCAAGACCUGUUUUGGAAAAAGUUAAGAAUGGCACUCAAAAGAAACAAGGUCGUCGUUUAAAAUACCACGUUUGAAGCUUGGCGUAUAUAUUCAAUCAUUUAUCGAUGCGUCGUUACUUGAAAGAUAUUCAUGUCUUCAAAUUCUGCCUCCUGUUUAUAGAUAGAUCGAUAGAUAGGUAGGUAGAUAAAGGUCAUCUGUAUGUCUUUUUCCUCUCUAGAGAGAAAUGUGCACAGAAUUAGCUUGAGAAAUAUUUGUUAAUAAUUUAAAAAAAAAAUCUCACGUGGCCCUUAUAGGAUAUACUGCAAUAUGUUCUAAAUAUUAGUGAUAUCAUUUUUGGCAUUUUAAAAGAAAAGUUAAGAAUGCUACUACGAAAUAAUGGUAUGGUUAAAACAAAAAGAUUAUUUCUGAAAUAUUGGGCAUAUUCAAACUAUUAGUGAUGCAUGUGUCGGUUAUUGGGUAGAUCUUCCUGCCUAGAUUUUUAAAUAUGUAACAAAUGGUAUGCGUACUGCUUGCAUUUCCGUCACUUAAAGGGAUAAUAACUCUUCACUUCGGCCAAAAAAUGAAUUUU